CCAACUUUCACUAAACUUACUGAAGUUACUCGAGCCAGUUAGUGCUUGCCCUGCAGGGUCUCUCCGACUCCGAGGUAUACCCUACCCAUGACGUCUGGCCAUGCUCAGGAACGCCUCGGUUUGGUGUUCCACCUGAAUUAGAAUUUUCUCAAUCUUAUGCCAGCUCUGAAGUUCCACUCCCCAAGUAUAUAACCCGGUGGACACCCGGCGAGGCUGAAGUGGAUCUUGGUCUUUUCUCUCUCACAGUUCAACUUGUAAUCCGAAACGCGACCAACACAGAGGGCUCUCUCACGCAUUGAUCUCCUAUUUACCCCAGUCUUGAAAACAAUAAAAUUGUCACAUCUAUACCCAUCAUGUUGGCUUGGGUCUAUCCUAUCCGCCUGGUUCAGGCUGUCUUCGCCCUUGCUACUAUUGGCCUGACUGCAUACAUCAUUGCAUCCCUGUACGAUGAUUGGUCUUUCUCUAAUGCCAUCUAUUACAUGCUCUUCAAUGGCUGCUGGACUCUCGUUGUCGCCGUGCCUUACCUGGGCCUCGCCCCUAUCUGGCUUCCGCGCUUCUCCCAUGAAAUCGUGAUCCCCGCCAUGGAGUUCAUUACCAUGGCCCUCUGGCUGAGUGGCUGGAUCGCUCUGGCAGUUAUGAUUCCCAAACCCAAGUCUUGCAACUAUGCCAGCUGCCACGGUCUCCAGGCGCUCAUCGUCGUUGCCGCGGUUGAGUGGGCACUCUUCGCUUUCACCAACGUCUAUGCCUUCAUGGACGUUAUCAAUUCCCGCCGAAACCGCCACAACCAUGAGCAGCAGCAACCGGCCGUCUCCGAAGUGACUGCCCCCGAGAGCGUCUAGAGACAAGACAACCGACUUAGAGUGCCACCCCAGAACGAGUCAAUCAUGGUUCGCAUCUUAUCGCAUGCCAAGCGUGCUUUUGAUCGGCCGACUCCACAACCUUAAUGUUCAAAUAAUACAUAAACAAUGAUUCAUGGGUCAAAACGAAUCUCUACGAAUACAACUGGGUGGAUCUAUGCUGAAUUUGCUGAUUGAUCAUCAGCGUGAUGUUGUUUUAUGACGUGUUUUUACAGGCCUGAUGCGAGAGGCUUUUCCCAGGGAUACCAUUAAUCAUCGUACCUUGAUAAUUGAAUAAUGAUAUUUUA